GGAAAAUUUAAGCAGGGGAUCUAGAAGAAUUGUUUUUCUCUAUAACUGUUUUUUUGCAUACUUGUUUCAUUGUGAAUUUUCAAGUCACAAUGUCCGAUGAUUCCGAAUAUGACGUAGAACCGGAAGAGGUUGAUAUUUACAAAAGGAAAUAUCAAUUACUCUUGGAUAGAUGUGAAGUUUUACAACAGGAAAAUGAGAGGUUGGUCUACAGAAUCCAGAAAGUAAGGAAGCUUCUUCGACGCACGAGGAAAGAGAAAAAAUUCUUGAUUGAUCGAUUGGAUCGACAUGGAGAUCGAUGGCGGGAAGCUCCAAUGGGUGUACUUGAAGAGAACAGUGUGUUUCAAACAACUCCAAAAUUAGAGAAAGGAGGAAAGGGUACCUCUCAUAGUGCUAAAGAGGAGAAGCCUAGAAAAGGAGCGAAAAGAAAGAGCACGAAAGCUGAUCCGAAUGCACCAAAAAGACCUGCUAAUCCUUUCUUCCAAUUUUGUCAAGAGCAAAGACCUCGUGUAAUGGAACGUUUAGCUGGAGAACCAGAGCCUAGUAAGCAAGAACUCACUAGACAACUGGCAACCACUUGGAAAUCUCUCAGUUCUGAGGAUAAAAAAGUAUAUUAUGACAUGUAUGAGAGAUCCAAAGAGAAGUAUGUCGCUGAAAUGCAAAUAUAUAAUAAGAAGACUGAAGAUGCACCAUGUCAAUUGCCAGUAAAUAUAACGUAAUAUUUGGCAUUCAAGUGAAUGAAUAUUAAUUCUGGAAGAAGGAUAAUAAGGAUAAUUAUAGUUUUGUAAAAACAGUACAAUAGCAAUUAUAAACAAAAAAAAUUACAAAUAUUUAUAGAUAGCUCCAUGUAUCUACUUUUUGAUUCACCAAGUGCGUCUAUCAAUAAUGCAUGUGCAAGUACAUUUGAUUGACAUUGUUAGAUAUAUUAAAAACAAGAGCAAGAAAUCAAGAUAAUCCGAGAAAUUUUUAUGCAGAAAAAUUUACAUUGUAAGGAUAGAGGACUGCGAUAAUAGCGCGACAACUAAAAUUCAGGAAGUUGAAUGAAUGACAGAUAAAUGAGAAAAAAAGAGAAGAUGGAUAUCUGGAUAUUUAUUUUGUUAUUGGACACCAUAACGCAUUAUACACAUGAACAUAGAAAUAAAAUUUGUUUCGAUCAUCUAUCCUUUUUACAUUUAAAAUUUAUGUUA